UUUGUUCGUCAAGUGCUGCGAGAUUACGAAGGUUUCAUCUUCUCUAUCUUUCGCUUGCUGUCGGCGAAGUCUCAGUGGAAGUUACAGAAAAUACGGCUGAGCGAGUCAUUGGCUCGCACGGGACACUGUGCAGAUUCCGGGCGAUGUUAUUACGAGGAGCAGUGCCCGUUCUCCAAGUAAGGCCAUACGCGAGUGUAAGUGACUCGAAGCAGCCGGUCGCUCACGACGCGCUGCCAGCUUUGGCAAUCGCAUGUUCAGGGCAAACGUCCGGACAUCCUCGACGGCUUCACGGAUCGUUCGAAGGAGUGGAUGGCAGUAGGCGUCGAGAGCGAAUUGGAAGCGACAUUCGGCAGCAAAGGGGUCUACGAUAUGAACGAAGAGCUGGAAAAUAUUGCCCGGAAAGAAUUGGGGGAGACGCCUGAAGUGAAAGAAAAGUGCCUAGCGCUCUUGCGGAAGUUUCUUGAAGAGGAAGAUGGUUUCCGUGUUCCUCCAGAUGACUUCCUGCUCAUGUUUCUUCGGACGAAAAAGUACAGGGUGGACGAAGCGUUGAAAACUGUGAAAAACUACUUCCGUGCUCGCAGAGAUAUGCCUGAACUGUUCGAGAACCUUUCGCCAUCGACAAUCGAAUACGACAAAGUUUUUCGACAGCACAAGCUCGCACUAUUCCCAAGAGUGCGAGAUGCCGACGGAAGAGCCAUGGCCAUGCUUGACUUUGGUUCGUGGAGGCAUGACUCGUGUUCGCUACAGCAGUUAAUGAGGUGCUUCAUAGUGGCGUCAGAAUGCACUCUCCUGGACGAGGAGACCCAGAUACGAGGAAUUGUAGGAGUCGAAGAUCUAAAAGGUUUGGGCGUGCACCACAUCUUGGAGUUGACACCGAGGUUCCUUCGAAGGCUCAUUACACUUGUUCAAGACACGUUUCCUGCCCGAGUAAAGGGCAUGUAUUUCUUAAACACGCCCACCGUUUUCGAAGGUAUUUAUAACAUUCUGAUGAAGCCCUUCCUAUCGAGCAAACUAAAAACAAGGAUUCACUUGAUUAAAGGUGGCCUGUCUGAACUCAGUGACAUUUUCCCCUUGGAACGUCUCCCAAAGGAAUAUGGUGGGACACUGGAGGACUACGACUGGGAUGAGCAGCAGCGCUCCUUUCGUGAGAAAGCCAAACACUUUGAAAAUGUGUGUCUGUGGGGCUACGUCGAAAAAUAAAGCGAAAGUAUGCGCUACUGGGUAUAAA